UUUGAAUCAACGAAACAUUGGAUUACCAUUGGACACUGAGAGUCUCUUCAAUCAAGGUAGGAAAUUUUCAAUUUUAAAAAUGUAUAAAAAUUCAAAGAAAGAAGACCUAGUAAAAGUAUUAGAGGAAAUAGGAGGCAUCGCAGACAGCAGCGAUAAUAUCGUUAAAUUAAAAGAAAAAAUUGAAUGUUCCGAAAUAUUUAAGAAUGAUUCUGAAUUUGUGUCAGAAAUUUGUUAACUAACGCCGUAGAAGAAAGAAUACAGGCAGCAGACAGGGAACUUAAACGAAGCGAAUUUCAAGUUGAGUUAGAAAAACUAAAAUUAAAAAGACUCGAGAAAGAAAUGCUUUUAUUAGAGGCUAAAAACAAAGCAUUUGAAAUAGACCCUCCCAAAACAAUAAAUGAUACACCUGAAACAAACAUUGAGAAUUUAAUUCAUAGCAUUAAAACUCUAUCUCUUCCAGUUCCAUCGAAACCUGAAAACUUUAAUCAAUUUUUUUCUUCGUUGGAAAGAGCUUUUAGUAAGAAAAACAUAAAUGAAGGACUUAAAGCUGAAAUCUUAAUUAAUAUGCUAGGUGAAAAAGCAAACAACAUCUUGUUAUACAUUGAAGAUGAUGAUUUAAAAAACUAUGAAAAAUUAAAAGCUUUAAUAUUGCGCGAUUUUCAACAAACUCCCCAAGAAUGUUUGAAUAACUUUAAAAAUGCCUCAAAAUUUAAAGAAGAAUCAUAUAUUCAAUUUGCUACUCGCUUAAAUUCACAUUUCGAGUACUAUUGCAAAUUACGUAAAGUUGAAACAUUUAAAUCAUUAUGUAACUUAAUCAUAUCCGAUAAAAUAAUUGAGACAUUAAAUAAAGAGAUGGCCAGUCAUAUUUUAAUCCGUCAGGGAGAAAAUUGGUUUAAUCCUGUCGAGUUAGCACGAGAAUUAGACAUUUACACUACGUCUAAAAAUAUGCCUCACAGACAAGUUUCCAAUACCCAUAAAUAUGGGCAGAACACUUUUUUUCGAAGCGAGAAAAAAUAUUUCAGAAAAAACCAGCCGGAUCGUUUUUCUCAACCAAUAAAUAAACAAAAUAGAGCAGAGAAACAAUGCUACAUCUGCGGAGAAGUCAGCCAUUUUGCACGUGAUUGCGAAAAGAGAUCGAAAAAAACAUACGAAUCCAGAAGCGAUAAAUCAGAAAGAAAAAAUACCCCUCCCAGUGAUAACUUAAAAAAUGAAAGCUUUAGUGUUAAUUCCUGCAAACCAUCUGGAGAGAAUAAUUUUAAGCACGAGUUGAAGUACGCUCAGAUUUAUUUGAAUAAGAAUAUCCCAGUGAAAGCCAUAAUUGAUUCUGGGGCUGAAAUAUCAGUGAUUAAUUCAAAUAAAAUAAAAAUAAGUGAGCCGUCGUUGUCUAAUAUAAUAUUAACAUCGUGUUUUGGAAAUAGGCGAAAAGCGAAACUUGUAGAGAUCCAUAUGUCUUUAAUUCCCAAUGAGUCAGGAUUGAAGGUCAACGCCGCUAUUUCAGAACAUUUAACUUGUGACUGUAUAAUUACGCCUACGCUCUAUAAUCAAUUAAUAAAUCUAGGUCAGCUUUCUUCAAGUGAAAAUACUCAAAUCGUAAAUUCUAAGAGUGAAGAUUUUUAUUAAUGUUCUUGUU